UCCUGCUUCUUCCAUAAUGAGAUAAACACAAAUAGAAACCAUGACCAAGUGCACCCGGGGUCAGGGAGCCAGUGGCCCUCACGUGCUGCCCGGCAGCGGACACUGCUUAGCUGUUUGUGAAGUCCAGUCCGGGCUUGCUAAUAGAAUCGUCUCACUUUGGGGAACUCACCCAAGUCUUUGAGUGGCAUGUCUGAGCUCACCAAGUAGAUGCCAUGAGCAAAGCUCCCCCCACCGGGCUGGAAAAAUUUAUGGACAAGAAAUUAUUAUUGAAAUUAAACGGUGGCAGACACUCCCAAGGAAACUGUGGGGGGGUCGAUCCCUUCAUGAAUCUUGUGAUAGAUGAAUGUGUGGAGAUGGCAACUAGUGGGCGACAGAAUGACAUUAGAAUGGCGAUAAUUCCAGAAAGUCAUGUCAUUGUGUUAGGAGCCUUGGCACGAGCAUAAACAGUGGGUGUGCUCAAGGGAAGAAACCAGCGGCUUCCACACACCCCCUCUCUAUGGCACCUGUUUUCCUACAAUGUAAAAAUCAGAUCGCGCAUUUUCAUAUUGAACUUUUUUGUUAAAUAAACUUUUGUAGUUGAAAAUGCUUUCUCAGACAUUCUGAACCUAGAAAAUCAAACGUUAGCUCUUAUUCUAAUUUUUUCUAAUAUGAACUAUUUCUCGUCAAGAACGACUUGUUCCAAACCUUUUAUGCAUUGAUAUAGAAGAAUCUGAUUAAAUGUGAAGCAUGGCUGGGGCGCCUGGGUGGCUCAGUGGGUUGAGCAUCCACCAUCAGCUCAGGUCAUGAUCUCACAGUUCGUGGGUUCCAGCCCUGUAUCGGGCUCUGUGCUGACAGUGCAGAGCCUGGAGCCUGGUUCGGAUUCUGUGUCUCCCUCUCUGUCUGUGCUCCUCACCUCCUUGUGCUCUCUCUGUAUCUCUCUCUCAAAAAUAAAUAAACGUUAAAAUUAAAAAAUUGUGAAGCAUGGCUAGGAUGGCUUUUUUCCAUCUUUUUUAAAGUUUAUUUAUGUAUUUAUUUUGAGAGAGAGAGAGAGAGAGAGAGAGAGAGAGAGAGAGAGAGAGACAGCAAGCAGGGGAGGGGCAGAGAGAGAGGAAGAGAGAAUCCCAAGCAGGCUCCACGCUGUCAGUGCACAGCCUGACGCAGGGCUGAAACUCACAGUGAGAGCGUGACCUGAGCUGAAGUCAGACGCUCAACUGACGGAGCCACCCAAGAACCCCGGCUUUUUUCCUCCUUUUAAUGUAAAGAUGAAGAACACGCAAACCUGGGUGGAUUUCUUCUGAAACAUUAGUUGUAAUUUUCAAAACUCUUGUCGCUUUGAUGUACUCUGGCUUUUCCAGGCACACCUACAUUCCAAGUACAGUGCAGUUGAAGUAAAACACAGGAGGUAAUGGAUACGGUUAUUCUGAAUACAAGAAUAGAAAUAGAACUCUAGAGGAAAAACAAAACAAAACAAGAAAUUAACCUAGAACAAGUGUAGAUGAGUCGGAAACAGAGUGCGGGCCCAGCACAGGUCUGCAGACCUUGUCCAAUGGGCAGGUGGACGCGGCAGCGCAGGGCCCCGAAUCCAACCCCGUGCAGAUAUGGGCCAGUGCGCUCCAUGCUGUCACGGUUGUGGUGUGGAUCUUGGGAGUUUGUGGUGACUGUUGUUUUCCUUUCCUUAUGAUUCUUACUUUGUGCUCAUAUUUAUGGUACAACGAAAAUACAUUUUAGAAAGAAACGUGAACA